UGACGAACCACCCGGAUUUGUUUUGUUUUUGCCGGAUUUGUUUACAAUCACGGACUUCUUGGCCCCUGAAGACCACCAGGCGCAUCAGAUCCCACUAUCGUCGUCCCCCAACAACACCAGACAACGGGAAGUCUGGGGUCACGAAAGCUGAUAGAUAUUUUUCCUGUUUUUGUCCCUGUUUCCGAUUGGCUCUUCGGGGUAGAGAGACCGUGUCUGGCACCGGCUAGGCCGAGAAGUGCCGAGAGUUGGUGGGUCUUGGUGGACCCCUAGUGUGCCCUUUGAGUGUAAUUACCCAAGUGUAGUUACAGGAGGAGAGUUGCGCUCGUGGUGACCCGUCUUUCCAGUACUCUUUUCAUAUAACGCUUUGAAAUUACUGACGGUUUUGGCUUCCACAACCUCACCUAACUUGUUCCAACCGUCUACAACUCGGUUUACCGUCUACCACUCGGUUUACCGUCUAUCACUCGGUUUACCACUCUGGGUGUGGUGUGCAUCUGGCUCUUGCUGUGCAGGAAGUCACUGGAAGAUGUUGCAGUUUUGCCAAGUUUUCCCCCCCCACGAAAGCAACAAGGUUUAUGUGGCCUUUUGCUAUAGAUGUGCCUAACUCAAGAACAAUAAUAAUGACCAACACCGUGGAUCUUUCCAGGCAGCUCACACAAGCUCGAAAUGAACUUAAUAACCUAAGGAAAAGAAUGCAGGGUUUACAAGCUCAGCAUCGCAAAGAUAUUUCACACCUGGAGAAGCUGCUUACUCGUGGCCAGCCUCUGAAGGGGGACUUAGUGCAAAAAUCUGGUUGUCAACCUAGUUACGGAGGGGACACUAAAUCAAAUCGCUUUAGUACUUGGAAGCCAAUAGGGCACAUCAUAUCAUGGUUCCGAACCAAAAAUGGAACACCACGGCAAGGCAGUGUGAGUACUCUCAGCCGUGGUAUUCUGAAGGUGGACAGAAGUGUGUUCAACAAUCCUCAUCAUGCACUUGAGGGAUUGCAUGAGUAUUCUCAUGUGUGGAUCUUCUUUGUAUUUGACCAAAAUGAUGAAAAGGCACUGGGCCAUAGCAAGACUAAAGUAGCACCUCCAAGACUUAAUGGCGAGCGAGUUGGUGUGUUUGCAACCCGAUCUCCACACAGACCCAAUCCUCUUGGCCUUACAUUGGCCCGAUUGGAAAGAGUCCAAGAUGACUCCUUGUACUUGUCUGGGAUAGAUAUCUUAGAUGGAACACCAGUAUUGGACAUCAAGCCUUAUAUUCCCCAGUAUGAUGCACCUCAACCUAUUUCAUCUACUUUGGAUAACUUAACUUCUCAGGAGAGAAGAACUGACGGCAAAGAGUGCAGACUCCUUGAGAACAAGAAAACAGUCAAUAUGACUGAAAUAAUUGUUAAAGAAAAUUCCUACUGUAGUGUGACCAUUUCAGGGGGUUGUAAUGAACCUAAAGUGAAGCAAAGUGCCCCAAGCUAUAGGCCAAUAUGUUUGGAAGAAUGUUCAUCUGGCAAAAAGAGCAAAGGACACAAUAAGACAAAUGUAACGGUGUUUGAUUCCAAAAUAAUUAGCCCGCAUUUUCCAAAACAGUGUGAUACAGAUGCCUUGCAAGUUAUUAAUAAGGAAUCUGGGAAAGAUGACCAAGUAAGUAAUUCAGGCAGCUUGAUUGUCUCUGGCACUAAUUUUGGGAGAGCUUUACUAUCCUGUGACAAAGGUGAUUUUAUGUCUUGUAGGAUAAAGGAAAAUGCCGUUUCUCGGUUGAGCAAAGGAAAUAAGUUACAGCCAGUUUCAGGCAAUAAGCAUACAAAUAUUCAGAACCAUCGUGCUGGGUGUAAACAACUUGACUCAUCAGGGGAGGCAGAAAGAGCAGAAGAGGUGAUAACUGCAUCAUGGCUUGAAGCUCCUCCAUCUGCUGCACUUCGAGUUAUAUUUAACCCAAUAGCCGAGGCCCAAGUUAAACGCUUUUCACAGAGUGCAGAAGAUUGUUACAGACUAGAGUUCCUUGGAGAUGAUGCUGAACUGACAGCUGCUAUUAGCAGCGUGCUUAGUGAGGAUCCACGCUCAGCGUACCGCAGACAAAAAUGCUCUUCCCUUCUCUAUUAUUUCAAUGUUGAUACUGCACACAUUACUGCUUGGUUUGAGGGGAAUACGGCCGAAGUUCUACGUGUCCAUCCAUUACAGGAAAGUAUACAAAUGACAUCUAGAGAGACAGUCUAUAUGGGAACUGUUAAAUAAUGUUAAAACCACAUGAAUAUCUUAUAAUCUUGAAAUGUCCCAAGGAUAUUAAGAGUAUUUUGUUUCAUUCAUUAUACAGUAAUUAGAAAAUUUUAUUCUGUUUAUAAUUGUGUACACUAUACAUGAGUACAAAAGAGUAUUCAGCAAGGUUUUCAAGGUCAACUGCAGACAAGAAAGAGACAUACAGGGGCACUAUUUUGCAGCAGUGUACUGACAUAUCGGCCUCAACAUUGGUAGUGGUACAAUGCUACUAUUUUGUGUGACUGCUUUGACUGCCACUCAACCUCAGAUGUUAUGUAACAACUGUAUCAGUAUUUGCAGAGUUUGGAAUUAUAGUACAGUAUUGUAUUACAUUUGUUCCUGUUGUUGGCUUUGUUCUGUAUUAUUGUGUAAUUUGUCUUGAGUGCAGUACUGUAUUAUUUUUCAUUAUUGUACUCUUUAUGAUAAGCUUGAUCUAACCUUUAUACAGAUUGUAAAUAAUAAUAUAAUUUAUUGAAUACAAAAAUUACUUUUAAAGUUGAUGUUGAAAGUAUUUUUAAAUGUAAAUACAUGUACAUUGGUGAAUAUAGAAAAAUUACAUUUCAUUAUGCCCAUAUUUUUUCAGAAUUGGCUUCUUCAAAGGACAUUUCUAAAUAUACAGACUACAAAUUUAUUGUGUAUGAUAACAGUGGUCUAUUUUAAGUUUUUAUUUUAUUAGCAUACUGUACUUGGGUAUAUCCACAAUUAUGUGGCUACACUACACUUACAAAAGAUUACAGUUUUUUGUGAUUUAUAUUGUACUAAGUUCUCCAAUUCACAGGAUGGUUCGUCAUACAAAGGCAUGAAAUCGCCAGCAUGCUUUCGAUUUCAAUAUUAGGAUAUUUUCAGUACACAAGAAUGGAUAAAGCAAUUGUAGAUCUCCAGGUACCAUAUACCAGCAGGUCUAAAGAGUUUAAUGACUGGAUAUUUAAUCAUUUAAUUUUACAAAGCAUAACCAAGUUUUUCACACACACAGGUUGUAGCUACCUUCCACGGAUACAUAACUGUAGCCCAGCCCGAUUCUCACAUUGCUAUGUUACAUUGUCUGAUGGAUGUUUUGUGCUGUCCAUAUACAUAGGCAUCGGAUCUAAACCAGCAAAAGGUGUACUGUACAUGCAAGCAUUUUGUACAAACACAUGGUAUGUCGAGACAUGGUAUAUCAUGCAUAUCAUAUGCAGUGAAAGUGUUAAAAAGUGUGCAAGUUUUGCCAAAUGUCAUGCAAAACAGCAUGUAAGUGUUUGUAUGUCACAGCCUCUGGACAAUAAUUCAGUGUGCGUUUCAAGCUUGGAUUUUAGGUAAACUUGGAAAAAAUUUAGCUAUCUGCAGAGUAGGUAUGUGUGAUCAAAUAUAUGAGAUAGAUGAGAGGGUAUAUUGCCAGCAGGCAAAUGAGCAAAGGUUUUUGAAUUUUUUUUUACUACUGUAUUUCUGAUGUGGAUUAAGUUAAGUGUCACUUGUUUUUACAGUUGUGAUGGGUCAUUUUGUGUGUGUUCCUAUGUAUAUAUAUAUAUAUAUAUGCAUGCACACUACAAAUUUUCAUCGUGUACUUGUUUGUAUUUAGUGGUCAAAAUACUGUACACUGUCAUUUAGUUUAGCCUUGUUUCCAUCCAAGAUGCUAAAUUAAGAGAAAGGGACCACCAUGACCAUUGAAAAGUGUUGUAGAAUUGUUCUUAGCCAUCUCUUCUAGACUGUUAGUGGUCAAUAGAGCAUUAUCAGUGCUUUCUUGCUUGUCUCUGUCGGCCAACACUUCGAAUGUUGUUGUUGGCGACUCAUAACCAUUAGGCAGCUUGGCAUAUCCAAGCCCUACAAUGCUCCUCUGAGAAUUAUGAUCUAUAUUUUGAUAUCUUUGAUCAUUUAAAUUUUGAAUUGUAGAAAGCUGAUCAUAUGAAAAUUGUUUUCCAUCUGGUUUUGUUCUGUAAAUAUUCCUUGUAUGUGCUUGGUCACUGAACCGAUUGUUUCUGUUGUAUAUAUUUGGCUUGUAAUAUAUAGUCUUGUCAAUGUGUUGUUCAGUUUCAUGUACACGACGAGUGCCAAUUGGAGGAUUUUGGACAUAGUAUGAAUCUCCAAAGGACACACUCGGUGGGUAACGCUCGGGGUCAUAGAGAACCUGAUCUGCUAUUGAGUCAGUGUGGAGAGUUGUGUCUCGAGCCAUUGCUGCACUAAAUGAUUUUGGAGGAGUUCUAGGAUAAACAAGAUCAGUCUGCGAGUUCAAAAUUGGUCUCUUGUUGGUAUUAAAAGAUCUUUGAGUGUCAGUUGAAACUGGAUCUCUGUAACUUUUAAUUUGUAAGUUUUUUACUCUAUUUACUCUGUCAGUGUUAUGACUAGCUGAAGUUUGCAAGAUGGGAAAAUGUAAAGGAGCGUUAUUUUCCCUGUAGAAUACGCUAGUUAAGUCAUGAAUAGAUAUUUCAAUUUCUGGAUCACUUGGGUAAGCUUCAGGCUGCUUGCUAUUCAGCAGUUGAAAUUUAUCUUGCUGUAGAUUCCCUGGAUGUCUUCGAGGUAAAUAAGGUGGUUUAGUGUAGGUGUGUGUGUUAGGGCUGGGCCUUGGAAUGUUGUGUGAGGGAGAGAACUGGUUUUGAGCAAGACCAUUUGUUGUUCUUCGGAGACCAGCAUUCCACAUGUUAAUCCUUAGUGGCACUGGGGUUAAGUUUUGUAGAUUUAUUUUUUGAUUCUGAAUGUAAUUAAAUGCACGAUUGGUAUGAUCUUGAUUCAGAAUUGGAUUCAUAGGGUGUUGCCUGAUGUUGUAUGGAUUAAAUGCUUGUGGGGGCCGAGGGAUUCUCAUUAAAUGCUGAAAAUAACCCAGGUUAUCUUUCCUAGGGUUAAAUAUAUAGUGUCGAUUUAUGUACCCUUGUGGCAGCAAGUCCUGAUCUCUGUGCCAAUGACGGAUCAAUGACUCGGGUGUUGGAAGCACUUCGAAGGGUUCUGUACAGUUUUCUAGGGGCGUGUCUGUAGAACCGACACUACCAUCAUUGCUGAAGCUCAAAUCUUUUAACUCGUGGACAGCAAGUCUUGUAUUGGUGAGAGCCGAUUGCCUUAUCUUCUCGUCAGAAGUAAUGUUAACAUCCUGUGAAAUAAAAUUUUAACUUUAGUAUCUGUUUUUGGUCUAGUUUAUUGUUAUAAAUUUUUUCUUAGAUUUAAGAAAUGUCUUUAUGAAUGGAGGCUGUAUAGUAUUACUAUAAAUAAAUAGGAAUUAUAAA